AUGUGCAAAGCUAUGGGGAGAAUUUUCUUCUUCGGGUUCAUAGGUCUUGCCAUCUCAUGGGUUGCUCUCUACUAUCGAUACAGUGAUGAAAAGAAUACUCUAGCUCGGAAAUAUCGGCUAGACCCACCCCCAGGGCUUAUUGGAAACCUCUUCAUCAACGCGGAUCUAGAAAAAGCUACACAUAUCUUGGAUGGAAAAAUUUCAGGGCCUGAGUCAAUGGUGGUUGAUGAUGAUGCAAUCUACGCUUCUGUAUAUGAUGCUAAAAUUCUGAAAAUCGUCAACGGAAAAGUUGUGAGCAAAGUGGCCUAUUCAGAAAAAUCCAAAUUUUUCCCGGAUUGUGGUCAUUUCGAUACGGAGCCUGAAUGUGGCAGACCACUUGGAAUACGUCGUUUAGUUACAGGCAAACCUAAAUUUGUGGUCGCAGACGCAUAUCUUGGAGUGUUUAUUGUAGACUUUACCAAUGAACAAGAUCCAACUUCCACUCAAAUUCUUGAUUCUCGUGUCCCAAUCGACGGAUUCAAACCACGCUUCCUCAAUGAUCUAGAUGUAAUUUCUGAGGACGAGAUUGUCAUUACUGACAGCUCGAUUCGUCACGAUCGUCGUCAUUUCAUGCCAUUGAUUCUGGAGCAUCACGCGGAUGGACGUAUUCUACAUUUGAAAAUCUCCUCAAAAACUGUGAAGGUUCUCGCUGAUAAACUCUACUUUCCGAAUGGAAUCCAGCUCACUGAAGACAAACAAUCAGUUCUCUUCUCAGAGUGUAGUAUGGCAAGAAUCAAGAAACUGACGAUAGCAUCUGGAAAAAUCGAGAUGUUCUCUUCUAACUUGCCGGGACUUCCAGAUAAUAUCAGAAGUAGUGGACGAGGAACUUAUUGGGUCGGAUUAGCAGCAACUCGAUCUGCAACUCAUCCAUCCAUGUUGGAUCGGCUUGGAAGUCAUCCAGCAAUUCGUCAGUUCCUUGUUGAUAUAAUUCCUACUCAAUACUGGAAACCGCUUCUCAGCCUCUUUAAGUCUCCACAUUCCAUUAUUCUGGAACUGGAUUCAACCGGACAAAUCAUCAGAAGUCUUCACGAUGUUACUGGAAAAGUUGUAGGAGACGUGUCUCAAGUAAUAGAGCACAACGGAGAACUCUACAUAGGAAGCUUCGCGGAUGACUUCAUUGCUAAAUUGAAGUUAUGGCAACUUGUGAUGACUGGCAUGAAAAUCCGGAAUCUUCUGCUUCUGUUCACAUUUUAUUCAUUUCUCAAUGUCUCCCACGAAUCCGAUGCAAUUCCAUUAAAAUUACGCAAUGAGUUCCACACUCUUGCCACUUCCAGAUUGAAUUACCUCCUGAGCAAUCGUUCUGUGACCGAUUCAUACUUGACACUGUUGUUUAUUUUGAAAGACUGUCAAAAUGAAGUUCCUCUGACUUCGGAAAUAAGAACAUCCGAGAAACAGUUGGUUUUGAAAGAAGUGACGUGCGGAACAGCUGAUAUGAAGAAGUGGUGCAAAGAGAAGCCGGAACGGAUUGGUAUUCUGACGACGUUGGAUAGUGCAUCAAACAAAAAGGCGUUGGUUCGCUUUUUGUGUGAUAGUGAACAUCUAUCCGAUCAGAACCCACAACAACGAUUGAUGAGAAAAAUGACCAACUGUAUCGUUGUCCUUUUGAUUAUUGCAAUCGUCUUCAGCUGGAGUAUGAAAUGCACUCGGCCGAUUCCUCUUCACCCCUCCAACAUUCUCAAUUUAUCAAACAAGUCAAGCACAUAUCCAUCCGACAGCUUCGAAAACAUCACCCUCAACAGUACUCAAUCAAUGUCGAGAUCACGAAUUGCAAGUAGUAAUCGCUCAAUUUUUAGCAUUGCACCGAAGAAGUUUCGUAUAAUUGUUUGA